GCCCAGUGCAAUUCCAAGCUGUGUUGAAACUGCAGGUGUGCCUGGAGCUCCUGGAGCUGCUGGGACGGCGGGGAUUCCCGGGAUGAAAGGGGAGAAGGGAAGCAGGGGAGAGACCGGACUACGGGGGACACCAGGAGCCCAAGGAAUGCCUGGACUCACUGGCCCAAAAGGAGACAAAGGAACAGCAGGAGUCCCAGGAGCACAAGGAAGUCCAGGUGUCAAAGGUAGCAAUGGGGCACCAGGACUCCAGGGACUGCAAGGCAACAAGGGCGAACCUGGUGCAAUGGGAUCGAGAGGACUACAGGGUGAGAAAGGGAGCAAAGGAUCUCCUGGACAGAAAGGAGAAAAGGGAGCAGCAGGACAAACCAGUCAUUCUGUGGACGCCAGGAUAAACGGUGGGGGAUCCCGCGGACGAGCGGAGGUUUUCUAUAACGACCAGUGGGGGACGAUCUGUGACGACAGCUGGGAUAUUACUGAUGCGACAGUUUUCUGCCGCAUGGUCGGCUUCGAAAGAGCCACCAUGGUCUUCACUGCUGGAGGCGGAACCGGGAAGAUCUGGCUGGAUGAUCUGAAGUGUACAGGAACAGAAUCAUCCAUUUUCCGGUGCACAUCCAAUGGUAUGGGAGUCAACAACUGCGGCCACAGUGAAGAUGCUGGGGUUAAUUGUGUCUGAUUCCAUUGAAGCAAGUCAGAUAGCUCCAUGUAGCCUGUCUCUCCCAGUGUUCAGCCACGAGUAUUCAAAUAACAUUAGUUUUUUUUUUAUUUUUCAAAUGGUCAACAAUAAACUAGGUCUAAUAUUUAAGAGAGUAUAUUGAAAUUUGAUGCUAUUACUUUUCAUCAUUUCAUCUACAAGCUUACUUUAAUGAAUAACAGGCAUCAAUUCAUCGUUGUGUUAGGACAAGGCUUUUUCACUGCAAACCAUUUAAUUGAUCUGUGAUUGGAGGUCCAGGCCUCUCAUCAGUUUAAGGCAUGGCUGGCAUUAAUAAUGCUUGCAUGAUCGGUGCCUAAAAACAAUAUUUUAGCUGGUUAUUUUAAAAAUGUACAUGUUACUUUGCUAAAUCAUGUCUAGAGUCACUCUUAAAGAUGACAUUCACUGUACUCAAAUCACUCAUUCAUCUCUCAAUAAAUCUCCAAGGUAAAUGGUUUUUACACUGUAUUCCAUAGUGACAGCAGCUGUAAACUUGCUAAUUUUUUACACAAUCACAUGUCACAUACAGGUGCACAAGUAUUAUAUUGCCAGGGCAUAUGUUUUAAUUAGUUUUUAGUAGUUGUUUGCAGAAUGUAGUAAGGAAACCAUUGUCGUGUCCAUAGUGGUGUUAGGAGGCUUGAAAAAAGCUGAUUGCUGAGCUUAGCUGUUUUGUCUGUCCUAAUUUCACCUACUUAAACCUGCUGAAGAUGUAUCAAAAUCUUAAUUGAUUUUUUCUUCUCAGAUGUAAUAUAAACAUGUAUAUGAAGAUAUUUACUAAUUAUACUAUUUUGAUCUGUUGGCUGAGUGAGUGAACUGCUGGCUGUCAGCAAAUUGCUGAGGCUGUUAUGAAGUGUGAAAGUGAAGAAUCGUAAGGGGGGGAUGUUCAGUAAAAUGCUCCACUGGAAGAGACAUUGAUUCCCAAUAAAUACAUAACACCAUUAUUAUUUCAAA